AUGGAAAACAAGAUUUCUAAAAAAAGAUCGAAGCAGAUUAGGUUGGUGUUGCACGAAAAUUCAACAGAUGAUGAAGAAGUUCCUGAAUCACCUAUUACCGAUCCAAUGGUCCAUUCUUCACCAGUGAAGGAUUCUCCAAUUCAAUCGAUUUUCGAUGAGACUGUAAAUAUGGAUGGCCAUCUAGAAACUUUGAUAGUCGAUACACCCAGUGGUCACGUUGAAAAAACCAAACCUUCAACUCCUAAGCAGACAACGGUCAUACCACCCGAAGUUUCGCUUACUGAGUCAUGUCAUGAGGAGGUACGAACUUCAAACAUCACUGCACACGUAUUUGAUAUGGAUAAAAAUGUUAAUAUGGGUGAAGGAGUUCUACAUGCCGAAGCUCAAGGUACUACUUUCAUUUUAUCUUCAUCAGUUCCUGCUUCGGUUCUUGAAACCAUCGUUUCUUUACCACCUUAUAUUGCUCUCAAUACAUCUCAAUCUACUUAUUUUUCAAAUUCCCCUACAUUUGAUACCAUUAUUCAUCAACCUAUCACCUCUUUAUUUCCUUAUCAAUCCCCGGUGGAACCACAAACUUGUAAUGACGAUGAAAUUGACGAUGGUGGUUUUAUGGGUUCCUUUGGUGAAAUACAAUUCAACUCUGAGGAACAAAAUAUUCCUAAUCAUAUGUUAAUGUCAGGAAAGUAG